GCUAUCAGAAAUGGUUGGUCUUUCUCCUGUGUCUCCCUGGCAUCACCCAUGGAAUCAGGAUGAUGAUCAGCGUGUUCCUCCUCAACGUUCCAGACCACAGGUGCGCCAUCCCCGGCUACGACAACGACACCUAUCAUGUACAGUCUGACAACCACGCCCAUCUUAUCAACACUACCAUUCCCUACGUCAAAAGGGACGGCAAGUUGCUGCUUGACAGCUGUCACAUCUACUUCGACGUUGCCAAUAGCACCAAUAGCGUUGCCAACCGUACAGUGGUUGCUUGUAAGAAGUGGGUGUACGACAAGUCUGUGUUCGAGUCCACGGUGUCAACACAGCUGAAUUUUGUGUGUGACAACGCAAUCCUGGCGACACAUUCUAAGAUGAUCUUCAUGGGAGGAUGCUUCGUGGGAGCAUUUGCUGCUGGAGCCCUGGGGGACAAGAUCGGGCGAAAGAAAGCUCUUCUUCUGUGCCUGAUGUUCCUUAUUCCUGGUGGCGUCAUCCUCAAGUGGUCCAGCAGCUUUGUCAUGUUUGCCAUCCUCCGUUUCAUCAACGGCGCCUUUGCAGUCGGGUUCUUCAUUUCAUGCUUCGUCAUCGGUAUUGAGAUGGUAGGUCCGUCAAGGCGUGUAUGGUUUGGCGUUAUGACCGAGAUGUUCUUCGCCAUCGGCAUGGUAGUGUUGACUGGACUGGCCUACUUCAUCCGCGACUGGCACACUCUGGAGCUAGCCACAGCCAUCCCUGUUGCAGCAUUCCUCAUCUACUGGUGA